AGGUUCCAACCGCCAGACACGCCACCGGUCUAACCGGUAAAACCACCGUAAAGACUACGGCGUCGGCGUAGUAGGAAAAAGUUGACUUAUGUGGACAAAUCCUCACCAUCUGUCCAUCAAAAUGGUGUCGCUCUCCAAAACCAGCAAAAAUGGUUGAAGAGUUGAGAGCAAGAGAGUGAAGGAUUAGUUAAGGAGUCAAUAUCAUGGAAAAAGUUAGAAAAAAAAAAAGUAGAGGUGUUUGGAUAGAUCAAAUUAUCGUCAGAGCCAACAGUUUCUGUGUAAUCUGAUAGUAACAGCAAAGACUGGUGCUUUUGGCUUUUAUGCCUUUUUUUUAAGAAGAUUUUGAUUCGUUUUUAACAAUGGUCGGUUAGGGUUUUCCUUUUUGGAUUAAAUAAUGCAGACUUGAAAAUCACGCUUCUAAAGUUUCAGUUUCAGUAUAUAUAUGUGUGUGUAGCUUUUUCGAGUUGCUAAGUGGAGUGGCUGUUGGUUUUAGCGAGAAUGGCGGAGAUGAAAGGAGGUAACACGUGGACGGAGGAGCUGGCUAGUUUGGUGGAGGAUACCGGUAUAAGGUAUGCUGCUGCUGCCGCUGAACCAAUCGGGAUUUCGGCGCCUGCAUUUAGGAAAUCGGGAUUCGUUGGUGAAUAUGGCGCCGGAGACGAAGAAGUGAAAACGGAGAGUUUGAAGGAGCAAGUGACGGGGUUUUUGAAAUCAUGGGGAGAGAUGCUCUUGGAUUUAGGGAGAGGUUGUAAGGAUAUUGCGCAACAGACUUUGGUUACUGAGGAUUCAUUUAUAGUGCAAAAGGUUGGGAAGCCAAUGGCUAAGGUGUCGGACCGAUUCAAGUUCUUGAACGAGUUCUUGCCUGAGGAUCGUGACCCUGCCCAUGCUUGGCCUGUGGUUUUCUUCGUUACUAUUCUCGCGCUUACUGUACUGAGUGUGAAUACUACACAUGAUAGCUCGCUCCCACCAGUAAAGAGAGUGCGCAUACAUCCUCCUAGUGCUAAUUGUAUACUGCUUCCAGAUGGUAGACACAUAGCUUAUCAUGAAAAUGGUGUCCCUGCCAACAGAGCAAGAUUUUCUAUCAUUGCUCCACAUUCUUUUUUUUCUUCUCGACUAGCAGGUAUACCUGGAGUUAAAACAUCACUACUUGAAGAAUUUGGUGUUCGCUUGAUCACAUAUGACCUUCCUGGUUUUGGGGAGAGUGACCCUCAUCCCACCAGAAAUCUUAACUCAUCAGCACUGGACAUGCUGUACCUAGCAAAUGCUGUUGGUGUUAAUGACAAGUUUUGGGUGCUGGGUUACUCGAGUGGAAGCAUGCAUGCUUGGGCUGCUCUCAGAUAUAUCCCUGAAAGAAUUGCUGGUGCUGCCAUGAUUUCCCCCAUGAUUAAUCCCUACGAGGCAAGUAUGACAAAGGAAGAAAUGAGAAGAACAUGGGAACAUUGGUCAACAAAAAGGAAAUUAAUGUACUUCUUAGCUCGGAAAUUUCCGAAAUUUCUAUCUUCCUUUUAUCGCAGAAGCUUCCUAUCUGGUUUUCAUGGUCGAAUUGAUAAUUGGAUGUCUCAGUCGGUUGGAAGGAAGGAUGAAAUUCUGAUUGAGGAGCCAACAUUUGAAGAAUUUUGGCAUAGGGAUGUGGAGGAGGCAAUCCGCCAAGGGAUUACAAAACCAUUCAUUGAGGAAGCUGUACUACAGGUGUCAAACUGGGGUUUCAGCUUGACGGAUCUUAAUGUGCAGCGAAAGUGUCAGAAGAAAGGCAUUCUUCUUUGGAUCAGGUCAAUAUACAGUCAGGCAGAAUGUGAAUUGGCUGGAUUUCUUGGUCCACUGCAUAUAUGGCAGGGGAUGGACGACAAAGUAGCUCCACCGUCAAUGACUAACUACAUAAGCCGGGUUCUACAUGGCGCUAUCCUGCAUAAGCUUCCAAAUGAAGGCCACUUUUCCUUUUUCUAUUUCUGUGAUGUAUGCCAUAGGCAGAUAUUCUCUACUCUUUUUGGAGAGGCUCAAGGUCCUCUUGACAUGGUGGAAAGUAAUGAAACUUCAUCUGAAGAAGAGAUCGAAGAGGUAUUAUCCUCCCAGAUUUCGCUACAGGAUGAUCUGUGAUUAUAGACAUACCCCUCCCUUUUUUUUGGGCUGUUUUCUGAUGUAAAUAUCACAACUACGGGUUGCUCCUAAGCUUAGUGGAGCAGCAGAUGAGACUCUUGAGGCAUUAUUUUGUUUCCAUACUUUUGGAGAUGAGCACUUUUUAAGGAGAGCAGUUAAAAGCAGAAAGGCAGCAAAUCUCAAUGAAGGUUUUCCAUUUACUUAUAGAGGUGGAUUUUCAUUACUGUUUUUUAUGAUGCAUCUAUAGUAUUAACCCUUUACCUAUGUAGGACCCAGUCUAUAUUCUUUCAAGACGGUGCCAUCUGAUUCUUAUUUCUAUGAAAUUUUCACCUUAUUUGAGAAUCAACUGAACUCUGCCUUUAUGAGAAAUGUCCUUUUGAUGGAUUGCACUAAUCUGUAUAUGCCCUUUGGUUUAUCUGCGACUAAUUAGUUUACAUUUUGAUGUUCUGAAAUCCUGAUCAGAAGAUGUAAUAAUAAACUUGUUUGAGCAAUGCAUUUGGACAUAGAUUCCUUGUGGAA